AUGAAGAAGAAACCAGGCAGUAUGACGUCACGUGGUUUAGCAACCGGCGCAAAAGGAGCGGCGUGUGUGUCAAAGCUAUCACUUCAUUUCCGUGGAAAUUACUCUUUGUGAGUCGUUAUGGCUUCAGAUGACAUUGCUCAGCUGGCUGAUGCUCUUUCCAAGACCCAUGUCGGGGAUGGAGAGUUGAGCUACAAAGGCCUGGGACUGAAGCUGGACAAUGCUGAGUCAGUGGAAGAGCUGGUCCGUGAGAUCGAGCAGUACCACAGUCUGAGAGCUUUGCGCCUGGAGGGGAACACUGUGGGAGUGGAGGCAGCCCGAGCCAUCGCCAAGGCUCUAGAGAGCAAAGACCUGCUCCAGAGAUGCUAUUGGAGUGACAUUUUCACCGGGAGGCUACGUUCUGAAAUCCCAACAGCCCUGAGGUCCUUGGGCAAUGGAUUAAUGAGUGCAGGGGCCAGGCUGACCGAGCUGGACCUGAGUGAUAACGCCUUCGGGCCAGACGGUGUGAAGGGAAUCGAGCAGCUGCUGAAGAGCCCGUCCUGCCACACCCUGAGAGAGCUGAGGCUUAACAAUUGUGGCAUGGGGAUCGGAGGAGGAAAGAUCCUGGCUGAAGCUCUGAUCGAGUGCCACAGACAGUCGUCGGCCCUCGGAGCUCCACUCAAACUGAGAGUGUUUAUCGCAGGGAGGAACCGCCUGGAGAAUGAAGGAGCCAGCGCCCUGGCCAAAGCCUUCCAGCUGAUGGGCAGCCUGGAGGAGGUCCACAUGCCCCAGAAUGGAAUCAACUACGCAGGUGUGAUGGCGUUAGCCUCAGCCAUGCGACACAACCCAGAGCUCCGUGUCCUCAACUUCAAUGACAACACCUUCACAAAGAGGGGAACGCUGGCCAUGGCACAGGCUCUGAGGCACCUGAGGAACGUCCAGGUGAUCAACUUUGGCGACUGUCUGGUCCGCUGUGAGGGAGCUAUCGCCCUCGCCGCAGUCCUGAGAGAAGGAUUGCCCAUCCUGAAGGAGCUCAAUCUGUCAUUUGGUGAGAUCACUGAGGCGGCGGCGCUAGUGGUGGCUCGGGCUGUCAUGGACAAACCACACAUGGAGAAAGUGGAUCUGAACGGUAAUAGUCUGGGAGAGGAGGGCUGUGAGGCUUUGAGGGCAGCUAUGGACAACAUGGACAAAGGAGACAUGCUGGCGUCACUCAGUGAUGACGAAGGAGAACCUGAUGACGAAGAUGAUGAAGAUGACGAAGAAAACGAUGAUGAUGAUGCGAGUGACAACUGUGAUGAAGAUAAUGAAGAGGACAGUGAAUAUGUGAAGGAAAAUGGCAUGACAAGAAAAGAAGACAGUCCUGUUAAACCUCAGAGCCCAGCAGAGGUCAUGUCUUUCCUCAGCUGCCCGUCUGCUGAGAAGCUUCUUCAGCUGGGAGAGAUGAGGACAGAUCUGCAGCAACAGGUGGAUGCAUCUGACCCACACAAAGCCGCUGAUGUGCUUCUGAAUAUCGCUUCUUUGUACAGCGAGGAACCAGAGACCAAGGUAGCCGUUCUGGAAACUACAGACGCGUUGCUGAAGAAGCUCCUCUGUGGUUCAGCCCUCCCGUCAUACUGCUUCCUCUCCACGCUGCUGGUCAGGAUGGGGCUCCUUAAGGGAGAGGGGAAGACGAAAAAGGCGUCGCUGAUCCCAGGUCAGCUGUUGUGUUUGGAACACGCCGUCCAGCAGGAUUACUUCCCCCAGCACCACGCCUCGCUGCUUCACACCUUCCUGUCCAAGAACGGUGAGGCUCUCAAGUCCUGCAGCAGUAGCAAAGAGAGGCUGAGCUCUGCUCUGGAGAAGAGGUGCCUCGACCAACACUGAUCAACCACUGCCAGCACCGACACACACACACACACACACACACACACUGUACAGACAUCCAUCUUUUCACCAACAGGGAAGCUUUUACACUUGAACAAGGGACAAAGACGACCACUGAUCUCCACUCUUACUUGUAUAUUUUAUGAAGACAUGACAAAGACUGUCCAGGACGUCUUCUAAUUUUUAUUUUUCUACUUACGCUUGUGACUUAUAUUUUUAUAGAAAAUAAACAUAUAAAUGAUAAAAAUAUAGAACUUCACAUCAGUUAACCUCGAGGUUAAUGUGUAAAAAUCAAACUGAUUGUAACUUGGAGUGGAGCUAACAUUAGACGAUAUCAGUCUGGCACCUUGUGUAGCAUAUUGCUUUGCAUUUAGCGAAGCAAGUCAUUUUAUAUAGUUUCAAAGUUUACUGUUAAAUCUUGGAACAAAGCAGCGCACCUCUUUCAGAAUAAGGUGAAUGAGGUCAUUUCCAGGUCUCGGUGAGUUUGGAAAUUGGCAAAGUAAAGCAGGUAUUAUUGAAAUGUUCUACAGAUUUGCUGUAGUGUCAAACUUGUAUCACACAUGCUCUGAUAUUUGUCGCUGUCAAAACUUCACUUUGGAGUUUUGAGGUAUAAUCAGUAGGCACAAGACAAUUAUUCAUGUAAAUCAUACAGAACAAAAAAAGUCUUUAAAUCAAAAUAAAUCAGUCAGAAAUAAAGACCUGGCUUUAUUGUUCCAUUUUAUCAAUAUGAUGCAUUACACACUGUUAAUGUUUGUUGUCGUUGCUUAUCUGAAAAGAAUAAAAAAGGAAUGGAAACAAACUUUUAGGGCAGACUGUCCAGUCAGACAUCACGCUGCUUUUGCUCGUAAGGUUCAGUCAAGUCAGAGCGCUGUGUGCAUCAGACUGUGAGCAGGAAUGAGCUUCACACACACACACACACAUAUACACACACUCAUGAACUUGAAUACACACCGCAUGUGUGCAUCACCCUGCACUGAGCACAGUCAUAACACUGCACAGCUCAGGGGACCACUAUCACUUUUACCUGCUGUUUUUUUUUUUUUCUUUUCUUUUUGUGAUCCAUAUUCAACAGUCUUAGUGAAAGCUCUUGUACGACUUUGUGUUACACGCAUUCAGUCGCAGUGCAUUACCUCAUAUAGCCGUUAAUGCUUGUCGGUAAUGUAAUAGAGCAUUUAAGGGAAUAAGGUGAGAAAGGGAUAUUCUUUAAUGACAUUUAGAUAAUCUUCUGAAUAACAUAGACAAUGAGGAUCACAUAUAUAUUGUCAUGAUGUUUGUUUAAUGUUUUGUACUGAAGCUCUGUCAUAAAUUUAACUAAUCUAACAAGGCUGA